UAUUGCAAUAUUGUUGCAUGUAUUUGAUAUUUUCCUUUGCUUCUAUACAACAUUUUAAAGAAAAUAUGAGUUUACAUGAAGUAGAAAUUGAUGAUGAACAUUGUUGUGGAAAUCAUUUUUGGGUUCUAGCAUUAUUGUGUUGGGUUUUUAUGUUUUUUGCUGCUAUUUCAUCAGCACUUGCUUUAGGGCUUUUGUCUUUCAGUCAAGUUGAUCUUGAAGUUCUUGUUAAAGCUGGACAACCUCAUAUCCAAAAAAAUGCAGCAAAGAUUAUGUCGAUUGUUAAGAAUGAGCAUUUAGUUUUAUGCACCCUCCUCAUGGCUAAAUCAUUGGCACUAGAGGGAGUUUCUGUUCUUAUGGAGAAAAUGUUCCCAGAGUGGGUUGCUGUGUUGCUUGCAACUGCCCUUAUCAGUAUCAUUGCAGAGGUUAUACCUCAAGCCUUGAAUUCUCGUUAUGGUUUAAGAUUUGGAGCUACAAUGUCUCCUUUUGUUCGAGUUCUUCUCCUACUUUUCUUCCCAUUUGCAUAUCCAGUUAGUAAGUUGUUGGAUUGUCUUCUUGGCAAAGGACACACUGCACUUUUAGGAAGAGAAGAGCUGAAAACUUUAGUCAAUUUACAUGCCAAUGAGGCAGGGAAAGGUGGAGAGUUAACACUCCAUGAAACAACAAUAAUUGCUGGAGCUUUGGACUUAACUAUGAAAACUGCUAAAGAUGCUAUGACACCUUUAAGUGAAACAUUUUCACUUGACAUUAACUCCAAACUUGACAUGCAUACAAUGGGCAUGAUAAUGAGCAAAGGUCACAGCCGUAUACCAAUCUUCUCUGGAAAACAAACAAAUAUUAUUGGUCUUAUCCUGGUCAAGAAUUUAAUGUUCUGCCGUCCGGAAGAUGAAACACCAAUUAAGUUUAUGACUAUAAGGAGAGUUCCCAGAGUAGGUGAAAAUUGGCCACUAUAUGAUAUACUGAAUCAAUUCAAGAAGGGUCAAAGUCACAUGGCUGUUGUUCUCAAGAGUAAAGAGAACAUUAGAACUGCUGCAACUAAUACAGAAGGAUUCGGCCCGUUUUUACCACAUGAUUAUAUUAGCAUAUCAACUGAGGCAUCAAAUUGGCAAUCAGAAGGAUCAGAAUAUUAUAGUGCAACAUUGAAGAAUGCAAUGCUUCAAGAGAGUAAAGACUCGGAUCCAUUGCAUAGAUCGAAACAACAUGACACGAGUAUAUCGUUAGAGAAUAUGGAGUCUCUUCUAGGUGAGGAGGAAGUUGUUGGGAUUAUAACUUUGGAAGAUGUCAUGGAAGAGCUACUUCAGGAAGAUAUAUUGGAUGAAACUGAUCAAUACAUUGAUGUCCAUCAAAAUAUCACAAUAAAACUGCAACAUCCAAGAAGAGGUUCAACAGGGUCUUCCAAAAGAGCUUCAACUUCUCAUCAACAAAGGAGAAGUUUAGAUGCAUCUCGAAUUCGAUUUUCAACUCCUACAACUAUUUCACCAAACUUUCCUUCUAACUAAAGCUAACAUUGCUCAGUCCUCGUGAGCUUAGCUCAGUUGAUAAGGACAAUGCAUAAUAUAUGCAAGGUCCGGGUUCAAAAUCUCAACCACCACCAAAAAAGCUAACAUAGCUCACAUUCUUCUGCUGACAUAUUUGUAUCAAUUUUUUUCUGUCUCUUGUUAUUUCAAUGAGUAUUUAUGACAUAAGUCUCUAGCCUCUUUAUUCUUUCUUUGUUAAAUAUGUAAAUUAUAUAUAUUGAAAUUUAUGAAGAAAAUGUACUUCAUAGAA